AUGGGUUCUCGCCUCGAACAAAAAUCCAACCUCGUUAGGAAACGCAUCGAAAGCCAUACCUUCAGCGGCGAGGAUGGCGAAGAAUAUGAUGGGUCCAAAUUUGGCGGCUUCAACGAUUAUUUUCGGCGCAAAAAGAUCAAGCUUCAGAAUCUUGACGCCGAUCUGCGCGCACAAUCUACUGACAAACCGCAGAUAUUCAAAGGCAUAGUCUGUCAUGUUAAUGGAUACACUCAACCCUCACUCAAUGACCUUCAUACUAUGAUCGUUCAACAUGGUGGCGGGUUCAUGCAAUACCUUGAUGGCAAGACGAUGGUCACUCACAUCAUUGCCAGUAAUCUAACUCCGAAGAAAAAAGAAGAGUUCCGUAGAUAUCGAAUUGUGAAGCCUGCUUGGGUCGUUGACAGUAUCAGUGCUGGCGCAUUGCUGCCGUGGGACAAGUACCGUGUCAUUGAUGAAGGUGUGGGCCAGGCAGUGCUGGGCUUUGACAACGGUCAAGUUGUGAGUCAAGCCAAUCGCAAAUCGGGGGGCUAUCGAGAGCAGACCGAUGCGAGUUGGUACACGUCUCAGCUACAGUCUGAAGCAGAGGAACUAUCUAAAAAACAGAGCGGAUCGCUGGAUUCGAGAACCACAUCUAGAAAAUAUCCUCCAGAUCCGUCACCCGAGAAAACGAAAGCACAAGCGGUACUCUCGACAAUCGAUCAUGCACAGCGACUUGGCGACAGGGCUACGGUCCACGAAAGUCGGGAAAUGUUUGCUCUGCCUGCAACACCCAAGUCACCCGCGGUGACCGCGCUUAGACCACGAGAAGGCUCACAGGAACCCGAUUACGUACACGGUUUGAUCCGCGACUCGGAGGUACUACGCGCGGUAUCGCCUGCGCGGCUCGCAGCUAUGACUGCCGAGGAACAUAAUGCUUUGCUGCUAUCCGAUCCGAAGAUCCGCAAGUCCACAGUCGUCCACCCCGACUUCCUGGAGCAAUACUAUCGUGAAUCCCGGCUCCAUCAUUUGUCAACCUGGAAAGCAGAUCUCAAAUCGAAGUUACAGGCCCUUGCGGCGGAGAAAACUGCAUCACAGAAAGCUAGUGCCAAGCGGCUACCCGGACAACGACGUUAUGUCAUGCACGUUGAUUUUGACAGUUUCUUUGCUGCAGUCUCACUGAAGCGUUUCCCACAGUACAGAGAUCUGCCUGUAGCCGUAGCGCAUGGUGGUGGAUCGGGCUCGGAAAUUGCGAGUUGUAAUUAUCCAGCCCGCAAAUUCGGCAUCAGCAACGGUAUGUGGAUGAGACGAGCUCAGAAACUAUGCCCCGAACUCAAGGUGGUCCCGUAUGACUUUCCAGCAUACGAAGAAGCAAGUCGCAGAUUCUACGAGGCGAUCUUGGCUACGGGUGGUGUUGUUCAGUCUGUGAGUAUUGACGAAGCGCUGGUGGACAUCAGUACUUUGUGCUUUGCAGCCAGUGGUGGCGAUGGAGUCGGACAGCAUGGAGGGGCAGUCGACCGGGAGCAGAGCAAGGCAGAUCAGCUGGCUCAGACGCUUCGAGACGAAGUGCUUGCAAAGACCGCAUGCGAGGUGUCAGUGGGCAUCGGAGCUAAUAUACUUCAGGCAAAGAUAGCAUUGCGAAAGGCCAAGCCCGCUGGGCAGUACCAAUUGAAACCGGACGAAGUGCUUGGCUUUAUUGGUCAGCUUGAAGUGCAGAAGUUACCUGGAGUGGCGUACAGUCUUGGCGGGAAACUCGAAGAGAUUGGUAUCAAGCUUGUGAAGGACAUCUGGGAAGUAUCCCGGGACAGACUAGUGAACGCCCUAGGCCCCAAGACCGGUGAAAAGAUAUGGGAAUAUUCUCGUGGUAUCGAUAAAGUCGAGGUGGGCGAUCAAGUAGUCCGCAAGUCGGUCUCUGCAGAAGUCAACUGGGGAGUACGAUUCCAGAACCAGGAGCAAGUUGACGAGUUCAUGGAGGGUCUGUGUGGCGAGCUUCAUAAGCGCUUGGUCAAAGAGCGAGUAAAGGGUAAACAACUCACUAUGAAAGUGAUGCGUCGAGCAGCAGAUGCGCCUCUUGACCCACCUAAGCAUCUUGGCCAUGGCAAAUGCGAUGUAUUCAAUAAGAGUCUACAGUUGGGUGUCGCGACAAACGAUUCUGCCACCUUGGCGAAAGAAGCCAUCGCUAUGAUAAAGUCGUUCUGCAUCUCGCCUGGGGAGCUGAGGGGCAUAGGGGUACAGAUGCAGAAACUUGAGCCGAUUAAGCAGGGCGCUGAUGGGCGAGAGCAAGGAAGCCAGCUGAGGCUACAGUUUAAGGCUGGUCAAUUCAACAAGGACGUGCCGCAAGUCGAUGGCGGCAAGGCUGUUGACGAUCCUAUCCAGGACGGAUCUCGCACCCCUGAAAAGCCAAGCACGGCGGAGGUCAAUCGACCCAGUGUCGCAUUCGAGCCGAUCGAUCCAGGGACACCGAGUAAGAAACGGCUCAACACUCUAGGCACGCAGUUCGUUCUACCAACACAAGUCGACCCGAGCGUUCUGGCCGAGUUGCCAGCAGAGAUCCGCGCGAAAUUGACCAGACGGACAGCGUCGAGAACGGAGAAAGCGGCGAUCGAUUUGCCGACCGUAGCUGGACUAUCUGACGACGGAGCUGUGCCGCACGACAAAUACGCGCUUCCUACGCAGUCGCAAUUGGAUCCUAAAGUACUAGAAGCACUACCAGCGGAGCUACGUAAGGAAAUACUUAGGUUCUACACAGCUCCUUCAGCACCAUCCAAACGCGGCGACCAAGCGGUCUUGCCACAGUCACCUCGCAAGAAUCGAACCUUGCCCUCAAUCCGUGGGGCCAGCAAACGAGGCGGCAAGCGAGGCGGCGGUCUAUCUGCCACCCGCGCUCGUCUCAAUCGCGCGGACAAGUAUAGCACUCUGACACAGUCCAACUUCGUUGCACGACCUGCACAGAAGCAAGCAGUCCCAUUCACAGACUCGGAUCAACACUCCGGCAGCGAAGCCACUGCAGGAGACGAAGACGACCAGAUUGACCCUGAAGUCCUGGCGGCUUUGCCAGCAGAUCUUCGACAAGAAGUCCUGGAUCAACAGCGAUCAGCACGCCUACAGCGCAACGGCGGCAUCGACAUAUCACUGCAUCAGCGUCCUAUAACCGUACGGAGAAAAAAUCCGCCCGAUGAUACCACGGCGACACUGGAAAGACAAUUUACUUUGCCGCCUCCCAGCAUACGCCCGACAUUCACAAGCAGGAAAUUAUCCGAGCCGCCAGAGCUGAGAAACGCUAUAUCGGCCUGGGUCCAAGAGUUCUCAGACGAAGGACCUUACGAUGAGGAUGUCGCGGCAUUAUCGAAAUACUUGCAAGAGGUUGUUUGUGCUGAAUAUGAUGUUGCCAAAGCGGUUGCCUUGGUAAAGUGGUUGGCGUGGGCCAUUGAGGAAUGCAACAAGAGUUUCGCUGAGGAUGUCGCUCAGAAAUGGCAAGCUGCAUUUCGAGAGGUCCGGAUAUGUGUCAGAAAGGCUGCUGCGCAGCGCGGACUGGGGGAUCUUGAUUUCGAUUGA